UAUACUGCACUUUGCAUCAGCACUUAGUGUGGGGCAGGCUCCUUGUCAACACCCGUCCUCCUCUCUCACUCCUCUGCUUCUCUCCUCAUAACAAGAUUCAAAGGAACCCAUCAUAAAAAAACAAAAGCCAAGACAAGAGAAGGACGCUGAGAUUCAUUUAUACUUAGGGACAAUUUGUGCAGCUGAUCAAGGCUACCUGUGCUUAGGAAAAAAGAAUUUAAGAUGCCACUCUCAGGAACACCUGCCCCAAACAAAAGAAAAAAGUCUACAAAAAUCAUCAUAGAUAUAAACCCUUCAAACGAAGGAGAGCAAGAUAAUUCCAGCCUAAAUUUAGGGAAGAAGAUCAGCGUACCCCGGGAUAUCAUGCUGGAGGAAUUGUCGUUGCUUAGCAAUAAAGGAUCCAAGAUGUUUAAACUUCGGCAAAAGAGGGUGGAAAAAUUUAUCUACGAGAACAACCCUGAUGUGUUUUCCGACAAUUCUUUGGACCACUUUCAGAAGUUCAUCCCAUCUGUUGGUGGACACAUGGUUGUUGAUGGACAAAUAGGUGUUGGAGGAGGUGGAUAUGGUUUGGUACAUGGCGGUGGAAGAAUGGUAUCCAGCCUAUCUGGUGGUCAGUAUGGGCCAGGAGGUCUGCAACCACCCACACCUCCACCUAAACCAGGGAGCAAAGGUGCAGCUGGAGCUGGUCAGGCAGGUGGUGCUGGCAGUGGUGGACAAGGAAGCAGAGGUAUUGACAGCACAGGAGGAAAAGAUGGCCAGUCGGGGCAGCCUGGAGAAGGUGGAAAGCAGAUCACUAUAUUUAAGACCUAUUUAUCCCCCUGGGACAAGGCAAUUGGAGUGGAUCCUAAACAGACCACUAAUAUCAGCAUUAACCUGCUGGAUUUUGGUCCCAAGGCAGAACUAUGCAAUUAUAAAUCAUUCAACAGGUCUGCAAUGCCCUAUGGAGGGUAUGAGAAAGCUUCAAAACUGAUGACUUUCCAGAUGCCCGAAUUUGAUGCCGCCCCAGAAGCUGAAAAUGUGGUUGUCUUCAAUGCGGAAGCCACUAAUAGACCCUCAUUCAACAGGACCCCAAUUGGAUGGCUGGCAUGUGGGGAAAGCUCAAACUUCAAUAUUGAUAUCAACUUGCCUGUGGAUGGAGAAACAGAGGAGCUCUGAACCCUUAUACCCACAGGACAACAGCGUCUGUAGUCUGUAGGUGUAUGUGAACUUCCAGAUAUGACCAGUACCAAUGGCCAAACAAUGUACACUGAAAAUAAAGCACCGUAAAUUAAAAAAAUAACUGUGAUGUAUUGCAAUGUUUUGUGAUACCAUGGCAAUCAAUGGCACAGGUCACAUCUAAAGCAUUAACCCCUUAGAUUCCAGAGCGUGCUGCAAUGCAUGGUCCUUUUGGCAGCCAAGGGGUUAAUGCGUCUUCUUUGAAUGUAGCUAUGUAGCCUCUUGUACAUUAUUAUAAAAAGCAUAGUUGUUUUAUUUUUUUGGUGGCUUCUGCUGAAAUGGAAACAGACAGGUAGGGUAUUGAAGAGUGAUCAAAGGAAGAAACAAAAAUGAAAAGGUGGAGAAAGAAAAGCGUAUUGUUUUGUGCUUUGUGGGCAGCAAGAAAUGGACAGUAUUUAAUAAAGCAACCAAAAGCCCCUUAACAGUCUAGCUAUACAUUAUUUGUGAAACUCAAUAAAACCUUACAGAGUA